CAGCUACUGCCUUGGAUAUCAUUCAUUAGGUACCUUCGUCACUUCCAUAUAUUCUGCUCUUCCAACACAGCCACUUCACCUCUUACCCUUCGAAUCCUCUCCGGGUCUGCCCAAUAUCGCUGGUUGCACCUUGAAUUCUUGUCAACCUCCACCUCACGCCUUGACCCGGUCCGGAAUUUUAGCUUUCUGCCGUCAGAUCCUCUCCCGCUCCCCGGGCUCAAUUUACCCAGGCACUGACACUACCGUACUUUCCCGAUUCUGAGCCUCCUGAAGGUUCCCCUGCCCUGGGUGCCUGGUAAUCAAGCUUCUGAGGUCGGUGUCCCAAGGCCAAUCUUGACAUGAGCACUACGCUACGCUUGCUUGAGUCACAAGUUACGCUACACACUACUGAUUUCACUUCCACUCUUCGAAUCGGCGGAAAAUUUUCCUAGCCUCAAUAUCAACGCUUUCUCUUCCUAACAUCCUCACACCGACAUUGACCUCAAAUCCAAUCCCGUUGCUUCCCAUCGCACCUGCCGCUGCCAGCGACAGUCAUAUAUCUUGCCCGCCCUUUCGGCUAGUUGCAAGGACUUGAUGUCCCACCCAGUUCUGCAAUUUGCGACAGAGACAUGUAUUGCCUGGAAACAUAUCCUCACCUUGUUUGUUGGUGCUGCAUAGUCUGAAACUGGGCUAUCAGUUCAAUUCUGAUGCCAUGGCCGCCAUCCUUCCACAAGGGUUGAUUCAUCCCCCACCUGAUGACCAACUGGUACUUGACACGGCGUCCCAUACUGAUAAUCAAGACAUACUGCGUCGCUUUUGGAGAGUCUACUCCAUUCAAAGUCAUGCCAGUCAUGAUGAUUCCAGUUCCAGAGCGAGCAAUCUCUUUUGGAGGGUUUGGAGCAGUCCAAAUCUAUCACGCGCCAUGCCGAGCACAACUUUGACUAGACUGCUACAUCACUGCGGACAAGCAUUUGAGUUGACUCCGAUAGCCGAUUCCAUGCAUUUACCUCGCUUGGGAUCUUACGAGGACUUUCCACCAGGCCCACGGACACACCAUGCCAUAUCUUCUAAACCAUCGACCCAGGCCAAGGCCUCUGACAAACUUCUUCAGCAACCCCAGUCUGAAGAUACUACGUCGGGAUCCACUUCCCAAAACACCUCAGAGUCAAGCUCACGACCAUCAUUGAUUCGAUCCACUAGUGGUGGUCGGUCAAGGCAUAGCGUGUCAGUUGCUACUGGAAAGUCCAGGUCACGCCCACAACCUACUAGACGAAAAUCGAGUACGCCAAAGUUACCACACGCAACAAUGGCUCCCAAAUCGCCCUUGCACAGUCCUAGGGCAGUGAGAGCAAGCUCUCAGCUCCAGGAACCAAUCAAUCCCGCAUUGAAUCGUCUAGGCCAUCCAAAUCCACCUCCGGGGCUCUUUGGUCCCCCAGGGAGCCCCAGUGCUAGCACCUUUGCGUUGCCUUCCGCAUCUUCGUGGCAAAGCGACGAGUCGGCGCCGGAGAGGUCAACAGUAUCAACAACUGUCCCACCCCCACCAACCGGUGAUCUCGUAGAUCCGGGAUUCCGAGGGAAAUUUGUGGAGAAUCAGAAAAAAUCUUCCAUUAAUCUGGCAGGGCUAAACAGAAUGAGGAAAAUUGGGAGCGUUGUUCGCUUCGCCGACGAAGAGGAAAUAGAGGGGAAGGGCAAAGAGAGAGAAGCAGAACCGUUCUCAGAAUCAGGUAGGAGGUUGUCGCAGAUGACGACGGUGGCACACGACGAUUCUGGCUCUUCUACAGACGAAGAUCAGGGCUUGCCACUACAAUUGCCUCGAACGAAAAGUCAACUAAGCUUAUUGAUCAAACACAAGAGAGACCAAACCGGAAGUCAAGACCUUGGACCACAAUCUCCGACGAUACCUGCUCCCUCUGAACCUAAAGAGAAGUCCAAAGAAGCAGAGCUCCUCAGCAUGGGCCGAAGAGAUGGUGUGACCAAAGCUGGGGGAAUUCAGGUUCCUCGUCAACAAAGAUUGAGCGAUAAUGACCCUUCGAAAUCAUCCAUCCCGUCUAGCCCUGACCGAUUGUUCUAAAGGCAAAGAGAUCACUAUACCAAGGGUUGGGAGAGCGUGAAUGACACUGUACUACAUUGACGACAUUACGAAAAGACGGCCGCAACACAUAUUACGAUAAUCGUCUGCACUUCAACCGAGCAGUAUUACAGCCUAUCAUCCUGAUUACUAUUCUUAUAGUUUUAGGAUCACCGGCAUGAGAGGAGUAUCUUUGGAUGGCGAGAUUCCUGGCCACGAUUGAUUACUCUCCUUUCUGAAAAGAAGAAUAUGGGCAGGUAUCGCGUUUGCUUUGGAGUAUGACUGCAAGGAUUGGUGCAGAUUCCUGAAAGUAUUUGCAUGACACAGGGACUGCAAUGGAGUUUUUCUGUCGAGCGUUCCGAGCGUACAUCACGAAUUGACUGUAUUAUAUAGUGAUAUUAGAACUUGAAGCAUAGGUACCACGACACAAUAGGUUUUCGGUGGAAGGCCUACAGAAGGUCCAAUAUAUCUUUACUGCAAC